UUCUCGCUUGUUGGUCUCAGUUUGUAGUCGAAAUCGAGGCCCGGAGAGGUUGCUGAGGGUUGCACGGAUUUGCAUCCCAGGAUGACCUUUGCACCUGGGUGCCCACCUACGGAGGACCGGGAAUGGCUCCUGGCCAGGAAGGGCUAGAGGAGCAACACUGUUCUGCAGCCCAGGCCCAGAGGAGUGCUGCUAGGGUUUCAGCCUCCCUCACGUCUCUUAUGGAAGUCACACAUGAAGUCUGCACGUGUAGUCUGCCUGCCUGGAUUUUGUUUCUGUGAGGCGACUGGCCUCUUCCAGAGUAGGAUGGAGUUGUUUGGGUCAAAAGAUCCAGGCAAGGCUCACUCACUUGGCAUCUUCACCUCCCUAGGUUCCUUGUGAUAGGGUAUAACAGGUUUGCCUUUUGAUCUCUAUGGAAGGAACAUUCUGAAAUGACUGGUGAACCGGCUUGUCUACAACAGUCUUGUUGUCUUCCUCAUGUCUGUGCUGUAGGGAUUCCUGCCGACAGCAACACUAUGUCCCAGUCCUACAUGCAGGAGUGGCUGAGAUCCUGAAAUGUUCACAAGGGACCCAAACAAUUUGCAUCUCAGCUCACCUCUGUGCCCUUCUGAGAACGGCUGAUAUGCCCAAGUUAGUCCUGAAUGGUGUGACGGUGGAUUUCCCUUUCCAGCCCUACCAAUGUCAACAGGAGUACAUGAGCAAGGUCCUGGAAUGUCUUCAGAAGAAAGAGAAUGGCAUUCUGGAGAGCCCCACAGGCACAGGGAAGACGCUCUGCCUCCUCUGCAGCACCUUGGCCUGGCGCGAACACCUCCGAGACGCCAUUUCUGCCCGCAAGAUUGCUGAGAGGGUGCAAGGGGAGCUUUUCCUCAAUCAGGCCUUGUCAUCCUGGGGGAAUAAUGCUGCUGAGGGAGACUCCAUAGCUUGCUAUACAGAUAUCCCAAAGAUCAUCUACGCCUCCAGGACCCACUCGCAGCUCACACAAGUCAUCAGUGAGCUUCGGAACACCUCCUACCGGCCCAGGAUAUGUGUGCUGGGCUCCCGGGAGCAGCUGUGCAUUCACCCUGAGGUGAAGAAGCAGGAGAGUAACCACAUGCAGAUUCACUUGUGUCGCAAGAAGGUGGCGAGUCGCUCCUGUCAUUUCUACAAUAACGUAGAAGAGAAGAGCCUGGAGCAGGAGCUGGCCACUCCCAUCCUGGACAUUGAGGAUCUGGUCAGGAGUGGGAGCAAGCACAAAGUGUGCCCGUACUACCUUUCUCGCAACCUGAAGCAGCAAGCCGACAUCAUCUUCAUGCCGUACAAUUACUUGUUGGAUGCCAAGAGUCGCAGGGCACACAACAUUGACCUGAAGGGGACGAUCGUGAUCUUUGAUGAGGCCCACAAUGUGGAGAAGAUGUGUGAGGAGUCAGCUUCCUUUGAUUUGACCCCCCGGGACGUGACCUCAGGACUGGAGGCCAUCGACCAGGUUUUGGAGGAGCAGACCAGAGUGGCACAGCAGGGCGAGCUCCACCUGGAGUUCAGCGGGGACACCCUCAGCUCAGGGCUCAGCAUGGAGCUGGAAGACAUUGCAAAGCUCAAGAUGAUCCUGCUUCGCCUGGAGGGGGCUAUCGAUGCUGUGCAGUUGCCUGGAAAUGACAGCGGCAUCACCAAGCCUGGGAGCUUUGUCUUUGAGCUAUUUGCUGAAGCCCAGAUAACGUUUCAGACCAAGGGCUGCAUCCUGGACUCACUGGACCAGAUCAUCCAGCACUUAGCCGGACGUACUGGCGUGUUCACCAACACAGCUGGGCUGCAGAAGCUCGCAGACAUCAUCCAGAUCGUGUUCAACGUGGAACCCCCCAACAGCAGCCUUGGCUCCAUGGUGGGGCCAGGGGUCUCACAGUCCUAUAAGGUGCACAUACACCCUGACACCAGCCACCGGAGGGCUGCUCAGCAAUCAGACGCCUGGAGUGCCACUGCAUCUAGAAAACCAGGGAAGGUGCUGAGCUACUGGUGCUUCAGCCCUGGCCACAGCAUGCGCGAGCUAGUCCACCAGGGUGUCCGAACCCUGAUCCUCACCAGUGGCACGUUGGCCCCGCUGUCUUCCUUCGCCCUAGAGAUGCAAAUCCCCUUCCCAGUCUGCCUGGAGAACCCACACGUCAUUGACAGGCACCAGCUCUGGGUCGGGGUUAUCCCCAGAGGCCCUGAUGGAGCCCAGCUGAGCUCUGCGUUUGACAAACGGUUUUCUGAGGAGUGUCUGUCCUCCCUGGGGAAGGCUCUGGGCAAUAUUGCCCGUGUGGUGCCCCAUGGGCUCCUGGUCUUCUUCCCUUCCUAUCCUGUCAUGGAGAAGAGCCUAGAGUUCUGGAAGGCCCGAGACUUGGCAAAGAAGGUGGAGGCUCUGAAGCCUCUGUUUGUGGAGCCCAGGAGCAAAGGCAGCUUCGCAGAGGUCAUUGAUGCAUACUACCAGCAGAUCGCCUCCCCAGGCUCCAGUGGAGCCACCUUCCUAGCAGUAUGCCGAGGCAAGGCCAGUGAGGGGCUGGACUUCUCAGACGUGAAUGGCCGUGGAGUAGUUGUCACGGGUCUCCCAUACCCCCCGCGUAUGGACCCCCGGGUGGUCCUUAAGAUGCAGUUCCUGGAUGAGAUGAGGAACCAGAGUGGGACUGGAGGGCAGUUCCUCUCUGGGCACGAGUGGUACCGGCAGCAGGCCUCCAGGGCUGUGAACCAGGCCAUUGGGCGGGUCAUCCGACACCGCCAUGACUAUGGCGCCGUUUUCUUGUGUGACCACAGGUUCACCUAUGCUGAUGCCAGAGCCCAGCUGCCCUCCUGGGUGCGCCCGUACCUCAAAGUGUAUGACAACUUUGGCCCUGUCAUCCGAGAUGUGGCCCAGUUCUUCCGUGUUGCCCAGAAAACUAUACCUGCACCGCCUCCCCGGGCUGUGGCCCCAGGUGUGCAUAAAGGAGAAGCUGCUGUCAGGGUGACCACCUUGCCUACCUCCCUCCUCAACACCAGGAAAGCCACAAGCCUGGAUGUGCAUGUGCCCAGCCUGAAGCAGAGGACCACAGGAUCACCAGCCAACAGAGACCCCGAGAGCAGCCUGUAUGUAGAAUAUGAGCAGGAGCUGGUCCCUGCCCAGCAGAGACCGAUGGGACUGCUGGCCGCCUUGGAGCACAGCGAGCAGAGGGCUGGGAUGCCUGGGGAUGAAGCCUGUUCUAGGGAAGAGGAGGUACCUGGUUGCUCCACCCUGUCCCUCCGGUGUGAGAAGAGGCUGGCCAGUGAGCAGAGAGCAGGAAGGAGGAAGGUCAGGCUGGUCAGCUGCCUGCAGGAAGAGCCAGCAGCUAGUGCACAGGCAGGCAGAGCCAAGCUGUUCAUGGUGACCGUGAAGCAGGCACUGAGCCAAGUCAGCUUUGACACCUUUACCCGGGCCCUGCAAGACUACAAGAGUUCUGAUGACUUUGAAGCCCUGGUGGCCUGCCUCAGCCGCCUUUUUGCUGAAGACCCUAAGAAGCACACCCUACUCCAAGGCUUUUACCAGUUUGUGCGACCCCACCACAAACAGCAGUUUGAGGACAUCUGCUUCCAGCUAACAGGCCAAGGUUGUGGCUACCAGCCAGAGCACAGCCUUUCCCAUGGACAACGAGCACAGCCAGCUCUGGACCCCACUGGCCUACCUCCUGCCUUGGGGACUGUUCUGGGCCAUGGAGAGCAUGUUUCUUCGAGAAGCAGGGAAACUGAACCCAAGCUGACCCUGUCCAAGGGUGUGGCUGAACAAUUGGACCCUGGAGAGCACCUGAACCAGGGCAGGCCCCACCUGUCCACCAGGCCAACCCCGCCAGGAGACCCUGGCAGCUGUCCACAAGUUGGGUCUGGAGUGAAGCCAGGCCAGCCUGCCGUGAGUACCUACCUGGCAGAUGUCCGCAAGGCCCUGGGGUCCACAGGCUGCAGCCAGCUCUUGACAGCAUUGAGGACAUACAAACAGGAUGACAACCUAGACAGGGUUCUGGGUGUGCUGGCUGCACUGACUACAGCAAGACCUGAAGAUUUCCCCCUGCUGAAGAGGUUCAGCAUGUUCGUGAGGCCCCACCACAAGCAACGCUUCCUGCAGACCUGCUCAGACCUGAUGGGCUUGCCCGCCACCAGCACAGGCUCAGAGCUGCCAGGUCCUCAGGAUGAGAGACCAAGCAUGCCUCCGGAGCUUGCCCUUGAGGCCCCCCUACCAGGUCCCUCACAGUGGGAGAAACCUGGGAAGUCGCAGACCAAGAUCUCCUCCUUCCUUAGACAGAGGCCAGCUGGGAGCAAGAGGGCCGAGGGCACCACUACAGGGCCUCCUCACAGGCACAAGAAGCCUGAGUGGGGCUUCAUGUGUCAGGGCUGUGGGGCAGAGGACACGGUGCCCUUCCAGUGCCCCUCCUGUGACUUCCACCGCUGUUGGGCCUGCUGGCGACAGCACCUCCAGGCUUCUAGGACCUGUCCCGCCUGCCAUGUUGCCACCAGGAAGCAGAGCAUCACACAGAUCUUCUGGCUGGAGCCCCAGUGAGCGAGUGAACAUUCAUGGAAAACUUGGGGCCCCUAAUGUGGCUGGACACUGGCCUGUCCUCCCUUGGUGUGGGCCAAGAGGCUUCCCCUUUCCCUACAAGGAGAUUGACCAAGAGGCUGCCUGCCUGACAGGUCUGUUGCAGGCCCCAAGACUGGUGGGGUCCUGGGUUCUGCAAGGGAUCUGGCCUUUGCCAAGCCCUGAGACCACCCAGGUUCUGGGGUGGGUCUGCUAGAAGCUGCCUUCUUGCAUAGCCUUCCCCAACUGCUGGCUUGUGAGUGGACCCUCAGGGACCUGUGUGGGUAGCGCAUCUGCGGUGCUCAGGGGCAGGCUAAUAAACUGUGGCAGUGGCCUGGACAGUGUUUGCAUGGUCCUGGCUUGAGGGGAUUUGAGGGUGUGUGGAGAGCCUAGCAUCCAGGAGGGUUCCCCAGACCUGCACCCUGAGUGCAGGCCAGCCUCUAGACCUCUGUGGACACAAGCACUUGCCCUUCCCUCCCCUGGCACCAGCGGUCAUCGAGGCCGCUCCUAGAGGGGGCCUGACGCGCCUGGAAAGUGCCUAGAACCAGGAGUAACUGGCCAGGGUGGAAGUGGGGUUUCCCGCAGGGCGUGGCGAGGCUGGCCUGCCCUUCCUGGUCCCUAUAGUGUCGCCUGCCAUCCGAGCUGGAGCGUUCUGCGGGGUGGGCGCAGGCUGGGCAGUGUCUGCACGUUGCACAGAGGGCCAUGAGGUGCGGGACAGGCUGGGCCACUCGUUGCUGUGCCUGCCAUGGGCGCCGCCCUUGCUGCUGGCGCUGGUGUGGCGCGCGGCGGACGCGCCCAGCUACCCGGCCGCCGAGUCCUGGGAGUGAACGGCGUGCGCCCAGUGUUCCCCUAGCACUGUCGUGCAGCGGCCAUGCCGCUGGGACCGCCUAACGACAUGCGUGGCCUGCCCAUCUUGCCACUAUACUCAGUUCUGGAACUACCUGGAGCUCUGCCGCUACUGCAGUGUCAUCUGCGGGGACAGCGAGGAGGCGCGACCGCGGGGCGCCAGUCAGCCCGCUGCGCCCGGCCUUGCGCACGCUGGCUUCUGCCUGGAGCACGCGCUGUGACACCGGGUGACAACCUUGGGUGCGCGCUGGGCGCCGAGGAGCAGCCGCGGCCCCCGCUGUGUUCCCUCCCCCUCGCCAGGCACCCCCAGCCAGCUUACAGAGUGCGGGCCAUGCCCCGCAGGUUCUCAGCCAGCCGCGCGCCGCAAUUGCAGGGCCCCGGGGCCUGGCCCUCAACGUGCCCGGCUUCUCCCGCGACGCCCUGCGCACCAGCUGCACUGGCUUCUCGCUUGGCCCCCUGGGCCCAGGUAAGUCAGAGGCUGUGGGGCAG